GUUGUCAUGGAGGAGCAAAGAUGGCGCUCCUGGCCUGUAGCCUGGGCAAACGCGAAAUAAAUCAACAUUUUACCAUAAAAAAUGCCAAGCUGAUAUCGCUGGUGGUUGUGAUCCUGCUGCUGUUGUUCCACACUGCGCUGCGGUCUUAUGGAGGUGGGGACUCGUGUGAAUGGCUGCUGUCUAGAGGACGCUACCUGGGGGAGAACGUAUGGCAGCCGUAUGGCUGUAUGAUGCACAGAUACAAAAGCAUGUGAGUCACACAAACUGCUGCUGUUCAGUCGGCCGGGGUAGCUGGCUCUUAUAUGGUCCAGUAUAUUAUAAUAAUUGUUCCUAAACUCCGGAGAGCAUUUUUGGGACAUUUUGUAAACUCAUUUUUGAAUUCCAUGAAGUUGAUCAACAUCAUUGAAGAGCCCAGUGGGGUUCUGGACUAACAGACACCUGGGACGUUAGCCUGGUCCUCACCUUCAGGUCUCUUUUACUAGAAAAAAAGGCCCUUAAUUGUUCUGUGGUAUCAUUUAGAAUGGACCGUUCUGAUCCCAAUCCUGAAAAAUCAGUCCAAACUACAAUACUGUUUUAACAGUAACAAUGGGGUUAUUGGGAAUUAAGGUCAUAUUUUGCCCCCCAAUAUAAAUAAAUAAAAAACACUUUUUUGACAGUUUGUUCUGGUUUAUCAAGUAAUCAGUAGUUUGUCAGAGCCCUCCUGAUGGUGCAGCUCCUUCUGUAGUCGUGUCACACGUUUCUGUUGGAGGUUGACCACAUCUGGGGAGGGCAACGGUUCCUUUCAGCCUCUGACCUUUGUACAUAAUUUGGGUGUGUUUUUCCAUCCCAAUGAAGCAUCUGUUCUGUGGUUAGAUGGCUGUUUGUUACACACCCACACAUGUAGAGGGACAUCUUGAUUAUUAAAAGCUCUAGGUUUGAUCUUGUCAAAUGGCUGUUGAUUCCAAAGUUUUGCAUAAUCUUGUUGCCCAGAGAUUAGAUUGUAAACCGAAGCUUAAAGAAGGCACCAGUGUUUCUGUACGGUUGCUGUUUUCUGUUCCUCACACACAUUUCUGUCUUCAGUGAAGCCAAAGCAUGCCUUGCAGAGAAACGCGUGGUCUUCCUCGGCGACUCACGAAUCAGGCAGUUAUUUUACUCGUUUGUCAAAAUAAUUGACCCUGAGCGAAGAGAAGAUGGAAACAAGCAUGAGGACAUUUUCUUCCUCGAUGACAGGUCCUCUGUUCAUGUGGACUUCCUUUGGCAUCCAGAGGCCAAUAACUCAGUGAAGGAGCGUUUGCUAGCAUGGAUACGCGAACCUGCAGCAAAGCCGGACGUCGUCGUCAUCGGAGCUGCCACAGUAAGCUGUAGAAACGGAUGCUUUGGUCCAUCAAGCUGCACGGUGGCAGCAGCGAGACCUUGCAGCAGUACAGAGCCAACCUGACGGCAAUAGCUGUGCACCUGGAGAAGCUGGCUGACCCCGGAGCGGUGUACUGGGUCCUUCAAGAUCCAGUGAAUGAGGAGAUGCUGAGUGAGAGCAGGAAGAUGAUCACCAACCAGCAGCUAGAUCUGUACAACGCAGCAGCGAUGGGCGUGUUUAACAGCAGUAAAUACAACAGCAGACCUCGGGUCAAGCUGCUGGCAGCUUCCCGCCAGGCCGCCCUAGAAACCAUCGGCCAGUCAGACGACGGGUUACACCUGCCUGAGAGCACCAGGAAUGUGGGAGCCAUGGUCCUCAUGAACUCAUUCUGCAACAAAGUGCUGAGGCCCAUCGACGGCUCCUGCUGUCAGACAUUAUCGCCUCUAAACUUCUCCCAGAAACUGUCCGCCUGCUUCUUCCUGGGCUCAGCCGUGGUCUUCAUGGUUCUUCAUCUCCUUGGCAGCAACCGCCACCGCCGACCCGUGCCCUCUGACGUGGAGAGUCUGGAGGAGAAGAAGCCAGCCACUGCAGCUGUUCCCCUCGGACCAAAGGCUCCUUUCCAGGCACUCUGUAAAAUGGGCCUGAUAAUGGGCUACUUCUACCUGUGUGACAGGGCAGAUGUGUUCAUGAAGGAGCAGAAGUUCUACACAAACUCCACCUUCUUCAUCCCUCUCAUCUACAUCCUUGUUCUGGGAGUGUUCUACAGUGAAAACAGCAAGGAGACCAAAUUACUGAACCGUGAACAAACGGAUGAGUGGAAAGGUUGGAUGCAGCUCGUCAUCCUCAUCUAUCACAUCUCUGGAGCCAGUGCUUUCAUUCCAGUCUACAUGCACGUGCGGGUGCUGGUAGCUGCAUACCUGUUUCAGACUGGCUACGGACACUUUUCCUUUUUCUGGCUCAAGGGAGACUUUGGACUUUAUAGAGUUUGUCAGGUUCUGUUCCGUCUGAACUUCCUGGUGCUGGUGCUUUGUGUCGUAAUGGACCGGCCGUACCAGUUUUAUUACUUUGUUCCCUUGGUCACCUUCUGGUUUGUCAUCAUCUACUCCACCAUGGCCAUGUGGCCUCAGAUCCUUCAGAAGAGGACUAACGGCAGUAGUAUGUGGCAUCUUGGAGUUCUGGCGAAGUUACUCGGCCUGCUGCUGUUUAUCUGCUGUUUUGCUUUUUCCCAGAGUUUUUUUGAGAGAGUCUUCUCCAUGUGGCCCAUCUCCGAGCUCUUUGAGCUGAACGGAAGCAUCCAUGAGUGGUGGUUCAGAUGGAAACUGGACCGAUUUGCGGUGAUUCAUGGUAUGGUGUUUGCCUUCAUCUACUUGGUGCUGCAGAAGCGCCAGGUGCUGUCGGAGGCCAAGGGAGAGUUGCUCUUCCCUGCUAAGAUUUCCAACCUGCUCCUCUUCCUCUCUGUUGUCUCCUUCAUAACUUACUCUAUCUGGGCGAGUAGGUGCAAAACCAAGAGGGAGUGUAACGAGAUGCACCCUUACAUCUCUGUGGUCCAGAUUUUGGCCUUCAUUCUCAUCCGGAACAUUCCAGGCUAUGCUCGCUCUAUCUAUAGCUCAUUCUUUUCCUGGUUUGGAAAGAUUUCCUUAGAGCUGUUCAUAUGCCAGUACCACAUCUGGCUCGCUGCAGACACCAAGGGAAUUCUGGUCCUCAUCCCGGGAAACCCAUCAGUCAACAUCAUGGUCAGCACCUUCAUCUUUGUUUGUGUGGCACACGAGAUUUCCCUCAUCACCAACGACCUGGCCCAGGUGGUCAUCCCCAAAGACAGCAUGGCCCUGCUGAGGAGACUGGGGAUCAUAGGGGUCUGUAGUUUUCUCGUCCUGCUGCUGAGCCGAGGUAACCAGCUCACACCUGGAGCCUGAUGGGAGGAGCCCCGACUUGAGUCCACAUGAGGAUGAAGUCAGCAGAGCCCUGUGGGAGAAUGCUGUCGACCCCUACGGUCCAAAAUAAAACAGAAAAACUGGCCUAAAACCAAGGGGUAGUCCUAUUUUGGGCCAAGUGCAAACGGACAAAAGCCCUUAAAUGUUUACAUGAGCUGGUUGUAGGUGUAGAGGUUCUUCAAGACUUUCUCUUGGUUCAGGACUUUUGUCUUCUGUGUAGCCAAGCACACUGAUGAGAGGUUAGCCACGAGCUCUUCUCUCCGUCCACAGGACCGUAGCAGCUGAUGGCCAUAACCCGCUUAUUCAGAUAUCUUCACAUCUAUCGGAGUAGUUGUACCGUAUUCCCACAGAUAUCUAAAUAUGCAAACAUGGACCAACAAGCGGCUUGCCUGACCAGAAACCGCUUCAGAGCGACGAGUGGAACCAGGAGUGGAACGGCUGUUGAAUUUAGUUCUGGGUAAAUCUGGUAUGAUUGCCUUGGCAGAAAGGCUGCGGUCACCUGCUGCUGCUCCGACAUAUGUGACGUGUACAGUAUUUAAUGAUUUAAAUUAAGCUUAUAUUUUAUACUGUUUCCAGCUUGUUUUGUACUUUGCGUCCAUAACUGCUGUUUUGUGAAGAAGUGUUGCCUAGAUGAAUUUUGUACGCAUCGUAAACGAGGUGCAGCCUUUUAGUGUGGUAGCCUUCUCUGUUGAUUUGAUGUAAAUAUAUAUAUAUUUGUAUGACAGGAUGAGUUUUAUUUUGGAAGCUCCGGUGGCGCACAUAGGAGCAGCAGCUGAUCAGAAACAUUACACCUGUUCAUGAAUGCCUUCAUUUCUUUUUAUUUAUUUUCUCAUUUGCUUUUAAGUUCAGCGCAUUUUCACUGAGAGCUUCUUCAUCCCGUCUUCCACGUUUGGGCACUUUUGCAUCAGGACCGCAUCAGCAGCAGAACCAGAACCUCUCACUGGUGCACUCACUCGUUUCUGAUGCAUACGUUCAAAACAGGAAACGUAUUUAAGCAGGAGCUGUCUCAGCCUGUUGAUACUCACACACUCGAGAACGUGAGCACUUUAGUUGGGACUUUUUCACCUUUGAGGUGGAACUCAGUUUUAAUUUGGCACAUUUUAUUGUGUGAAUCAGAUAUUUUUUGCAUUGCUGAUGCUAGACAGGUAAAGUCUGGGUUAUUCCUCUUUACUGAUGAGUUUCCAGUGUUUUUGUUUUGGUUCUAGCAGGCGUCUCCUGAUCGGGCCGGGUCAGAACCUUGCGUUUUACCUCCGGUCUCAUCUAUCACCCAGCUAAGCGAGCAUCUGUGUGGACCUUCAUGGAUCCUGUCAGAGCAGCAUUUUUACCCUUGUUCAGGACCUCCGCUAUAUUGGACGUGUUUUCUGUGAUGUCUUACAAAGUGUGGAUCUGUAUUCAUAUUUAUAAAUGCCUUUAUUCUCUUGGACAUCGUUAAAAUAGUUUUAAAAAAUG